CAAAUACACUGAAGCAACAAAGACCACAAAGUAAGCUGUUUUCUUCUAUAAAAGUUAGAAGAGCAAGAGGGGAAGGUAGUCAUUUGACCAAAGACCAUGGCAGUAAGCUUUGCAAUACUGCUGUUCUUUGUCCUGUACGGAGCUGAUGGCUCUCUUAUUGUUGGAGGGAGAGACGCUGCCCCUCACUCAAGACCCUACAUGGCCUCACUGCAAGUCCGAGGUCGUCACGUAUGUGGAGGUCUGCUGGUGAAGGAGGACUUUGUGCUCACAGCAGCACAUUGUGAGCUACCGGUACCAUUCACAGUAGUGCUCGGAGCUGAUUCUCUGACAGCCAAUGAAACCGCGAAGCAGACGUUGAAUAGUGUGAGAUUCAUUCCUCAUCCUGACUAUGAUGGGCAUCAAAAUGAUAUCAUGCUACUAAAGCUCAACCGCCAAGCACAACUCACCGAAGAGGUGCAGUUGAUCUCCCUCCAAAGGAACCGGCUGACGUCAGCUAGCCAGUGCAUCACUGCUGGCUGGGGCGAUAUAGGGGAUAAUAACACCAUAGCAAACAGGCUUCAGGAAGUCAACGUGACCAUCCUCCAACAGCGAACAUGUCGCAGAAGAUGGAGAGGGGUUCCCAUCACCAGGACGAUGGUCUGCGGCACUGGGGCUCGUGCCUUUCAGGGCUUCUGCUCAGGUGAUUCCGGGGGUCCCUUGGUGUGUAAUGGAGCUGCAGCAGGUGUUGUCUCCUUCUCUGGCCGCCGAUGUGGGGACCCCGUGACACCUGAUGUGUACACACGCAUAUCAUCCUUCAGGGAAUGGAUAACAAACAUAUUAAACAACAAUUAGAGAGAGUUCACUGUUAAAUGUUGGGAAGAUUUUGUAUUGAAAUAAAGCUGUUCAGAGUGGUAGACUCCUUUAUGGUUUAAAAUGUAAGCAUAAUGUGUUGGUGUUUUUAUUAAGCUGGGGUAAUCUGUUGAGUUUUUUUGUAACUGUAUCUCAUUUUUUUUUUUUUUUUUUUAAACUGUUGAAUUCUCAUGAAGUCAUUUCAGUUUUAUGGUGAAAAUGUACUACUACAAUAAACUGAAUAAAACCACAAAA